CUCUUUUUCAGCCGUCACAUGCCGACCCUUUAACCUCUGUCCCCAUAUUCUUCCUCUUCUUCUCCUCCACUCACUCACUUUCCAUCUUUGUUUAUAAAAAGACAGAAUUUCCUUCAUUUCUCUCCAUCUCCAUUCUCCACAAAUCUCACUCCAAUGAAGGUUUCUUCCAUUGAUGACUCUCUGUUUUCCUGCAAGGGACUUGUUGGGUCCUCCACCACAACCACCACCCAUUUCACUGUCAUGAAAACUUCUCUCUUCUUCGCCGGUGAUGGCUUCACCGUCUAUGAUUGCAAAGGCAAACUCGUUUUUCGAGUUGAUUCUUAUGGUCCUGAUUCUCGUUACAGAGAUGAACUCGUUCUCAUGGACCCUCAUGGCCGUUGCCUCUUCACAGUCCGCCGCAAGAGGCCGAGUUUGCAUCAACGUUGGGAAGGGUAUCUCCGGGAGAGAAUCAACGGACAGAAACCGAUUUUCGGAGUGCGGAGGUCGUCAAUCAUCGGACGGUCGAGUUUCACGGUGGAAAUGUACGGGAAUCCCGGCGAGGAGUAUCAAAUCGAGGGGUGUUUUGGGCAGCGAUUAUGCACAGUUUUGAAUGUUAAGAAAGAACCGGUGGCUACAAUUAGAAGGAAAGUUGAUGCUUCGACUAAUGUGUUGCUUGGAAAAGAUGUUUUUUCUCUUUCUUUAAACCCUGGUUUUGAUGGAGCUUUCGCUAUGGCUUUGGUUCUUGUUCUUGAUCGGAUUAACGGUGAAGGGGUUGAUUCUAGUGGUAACCCAGAGCAAAUCCUUGAUUGAUUUUGAAGGGCUUUCUUAAUUUCAUCAAUCUGUUUGAUGGGGGAAUUUUCUGUCUUUGUUUAUAGCUUCUUUUUUUUUAGGAGUUUUGAUGUUCAUAAAUGUGUAUACUUAAACCAUUUACAGCCUGAAAAGGAACAAAUGGAAUUUGAAUAUCACCAAACAAAGCCUUGAUUUUGUGAGGAAUAAUAAAGAUACAGUUUCACUGACCAA